AAUUUUGUAUUUAAUUUCAAUCUAUAGAAAAGAGAACGGCAAGAACUCAAGAAAUAUUCUAAUAUUGCGGGCAUCGUUUGUAUAACCAUGGGCGAUACAUCUGGUGCCAAGGAUGAAAAGUCUACGACAGCUGAGAUGUUUCCGCUUAACAUCAAAAUUAAACAGGAAAAGACAACAAGCUACGAAGAUUCGAGUAAAUCGGAAACUGUGGAUAAACUAUCUAUAGAUUUGAAUUUGUCUAAUAUCUUCACUUCUGCGAGAACUUCAAACCCGUCUACCGGUUCGGCAGCUGAAAAUCAAAAUGAUACCGAUCAGGCUAAGGAGAGCAAAUCAAUAGAACCGCUUAAAUCUUCCAACGAAAUACUGACGGAACUCUUUAAAGUUUUCAAUGCUGCUCCACCGGAAAUUAUCGAUGAUGAUUCCAACGAAGCCGAUUUAAAAAAGAAAAAGCGAAAGCAUAAGAAGAAGUCAAAAAAGAAAAAGAAAUCUGAAGGCGGGAGCGAAUCAUCGUCUGACACGGCGGCGGAAGAAGGAGAGAUAUUAAAAAAAGUGAAGAAAAUCAAAAAGGAAAAAACUAAAGAGAAACAUAAGAAUAAAAAACCCAAGAAAGAUAAAGUAAAACGUGAGAAAAAUAAGGUCAAAGAAAAGGAAACACAUAAUAACAAUGUUGUGGUAAAAUCGGAAAUGUCAUCUGUCGUUGUCAAGAGGGAGUUUAGUAAUGAUCGGUAUUCCCGAGACUCUGCGGAUUAUCGUGACUCGAGAGAAUAUCAUCAACAUCAUAGUGGUCAUCAUCACAGUUCAAGCUUGCGUGAAGACCAUCACCAAGCAAGGAUUAAACAGGAGAAAGUAGACCAUUCAUACCGGGAGUAUGAUAAGGAACGUGUUCGUGAACGUGAUAAGGAAAGGGAAGAUCCGAAAUCACAUAGAAUUCAAAUUAAAAGUUUGAAAGAUAGCGCCAUUUUCAAAGAAGCUGCUACGAAGGAAAAAGAACGGGAGAAAGACCGUGUAAGAGAAAAAGAACGGGAUAAGGAUCGUUACAGAGAGCAUUCGGACCUAAGGGAAAUGAGACGCCGUCGAUCUGAUUCUGAUUUCUCCAUAUCCGAUGAAGAACCUUAUCGGCAGGGUCGAUAUUACGAUUUCUAUUCAAAGAAAUAUAAUUCAUUUUAUGCAAGCUACAAAGAUGAGGAGUAUCAGCGCAACCGCAAACGCAAGCGAAGCGAAGACAGAGAACGAUAUAGGAAAUCAAAAUCAAGAUCUCGGUCACCACAGUUUGACAAACAAAAACUUCUGGAAAUCGCUCGCAAAAACGCUAUUUCAAUGCUUAAGAAAGGUACUCUUCCGGGAGCCCAAGGGUUAGAUAAAGAAUCUAAGGAAAAACUUAUUUUGAAAAUGAAAACCACCGGAAAAACCGUGGAAGAAUUGACGGAGUACUGUAAAAAGAUCUCGGAAAAAGAAAGUUUAAACGACCUUUCGAGUGUGUCAGAAGAUAGCGAUCACGAUGUGGAUGGCAGUUCGAAAGCUUUUCAUCAUCCGUUUCAAAUCAAAGAUCCUGGUCCAAUCGUAAUGAACAUCAAAAAUGCAGUUCCUUUGCCUCCAAAGUCCGCUGAACAAACAAAGGCACUUCUGUUGCAGUAUCCUGUUUCUUCCGGCGCUCAGCACAGAAAGAUGGAGAGUGAAUGGGUUCCUGUUCAAAAACCACCAACUGCUGCUCCCGUGGCCAUAGUUCGCCCCGAAAAGCCUAUUCCGAAAAUAUUACCGACUUCGGCUUCAUUCGUACAAUCGGUUGAGCAACAGCAACCAGCCUAUACGGCUGUAAACCCUGUACCGGGACCGCAAGUUUUCCCGCCUGUUGCUACCGAUCCACAACCAGUUUUGCCCUCCGAUCCCGCCCCGACGACUGCUUCUUUACCCGUUCCACUUACGGUGGAUCCUUCUGUUGCACCACCCGCCAUCAAUCUUCCGACUUUCCCUCCACCGGCAGCAGCGUUAGAACCUCCGCAAAUGGAAGUCUUCCCGACUAAUCAGGAAGCAAUGAAAUUAGACGUGUCGUCUAUCAUUUCACAACGACUCAAUGCUAUGCGCAAGCUGCAAGACAAUCCAGCCGAUGCGGAAGCAAUCAAGUUGCUAUAUAACACACAGAAGGAUAUGUCAGCGUGGGCGUCGUCAAAAUUCACCCCUGGUCAGUUCUUGGGUUCCACUGGAGUUCAAUGCUUGAGUCAACGUGAACUGGCUGAAGGUUACCAGCCAUGGGCAAAGCGGGAUUCGCUGAAGCAAACCGCUCCAGUCUCUGGUGGAAUGGGCAUGCAUUUACUGCAGAAAAUGGGCUGGGUGCCAGGAGAAGGUCUCGGAAAAGAAAAAAAUGGUUCCUUGGAACCUUUGCUGCUGGACGUCAAACUAGACAAGCGUGGCUUGGUAGCUAGCGCCGAGGAUCAUCAGCGGCAGAUUCAGAUGCAAAUACAACAGCAACACAGUGGCCGAAGGGCACGGUUUACGAAUGUAAAGAUUGUCACCGAUGGCAAACAUCCGGUGUCUAUUCUGGGAGAGUACUGCAGCAAGCGCAAAUGGUUGCCUCCACGUUACGAUCUGGUACAUGAAAGCGGUCCGGGGCAUGCGAAAAAUUUUGUGUUCAAGGUGAUUGUGAACGGUUUAGAAUAUCAGCCAGCGAUUACCAACAACACAAAAAAGGAGGCCAAGGCUACAGCAGCCAAGUUCUGCCUGCAGCAGUUGGGAAUUUUGCAGUCGUAAGUUGGUGAGUACUCGUUUGUAUUAGAUACUAAUGAAUAUGAUUUUUUCUGGCUGCUGUAUUGAAUACAAGUGAUUAGUUGAACUAUAAGAUGCUUGUGCGUGCCGUUCACAACA